UACUUAGUAGCGCGCGACGUCUAUGCAGUGGCUCUCACCGCUCGGAACCUUGUUCUUUAUAUACUUGGUGUCGCGACGCUACUACGUCACUUGAUUAAGACGAGAAUAUUUAAUCGGAGGUCAAAACAUAUUGAUGUACGAUUUCACUUUAUAAGCGAAAAGGUUAAGGAAAAUAAUGUUAAUAUUACAUACUAGAGAAACGCCUGUCUACGCCAGGCGUUAUCAUUGUUGAAAUUAAAGAUUUCAAGAAUUUUCUCAUUACCUGGGAGUGAACCCCUAUCACCAUGCAAAAUUGGGUGUUUCUAGCAUGUCGGGAAGUACCCGAUCAAUUCAACGACAGACAGAAUAAGGAUUUUAUAUGUAUAGAUUGUAGCACUAGUGAUCAGAUUGCUGAUAUAUUCACUAAACCAUUGAGUACAAUUAAAUUUAAGAAAUUUAGAGAUAAGUUAGUACAGUAAGAUUAUAUUAUUGUUAGUAUAUACAAACGUGUAAAACUGUGUUUAUUUGAUUUUGUUUAUGAAAAGAAAAUUAAGAUUAAGGGAAAGUGUUCGAUAAAGUAAUCUAAAUUUUGAAUUAGGCGCUAGAGUGUAAGUGAGUGUAGAUGUUGCGUGCGAUAAGUUGGGUGGCCCCCAUUUGGACACGUAAUACGAUGAUAUUAUGAUAACGAUAUUAUGAGAAUGAUACGAUGAUAACGAUGAUAUUGAAAUGUUAAGCCCAUCUAGUGCCAGCAACGACACAGAUGAAAGUGAGUUCGAUGGAAAGUCCUCUACUUCUCGAAAAUUUUCUCAAUGUGAGCUAACUGAUUUAAUACGUGACUUAAAUUUAUCAAAGAAAGGAGCUGAGCUUUUAGCAUCUAGACUUCGUGAAAAAGACUGUCUAGAGUCAAAUGUUACUAUAACAUCUUAUCGAAAUAGAGAGCAAGCACUACUGCAAUUCUUUAGCGAAAAUAACGAUCUUGUAUAUUGUAACAAUAUUUCUGAACUCCUCCUGAUAAUGGGCUUGCCAGAAUAUCGACCACCAGACUGGCGGCUUUUUCUAGAUAGUUCUAAAAGGAGCUUGAAAUGUGUAUUACUGCACAAUGGGAAUAAGUUUGUGUCGAUUCCAAUUGGUCAUUCAACAAAGUUCAAAGAAGAGUAUGAAAAUGUCAAGAUAGUCUUAGAAAAAAUAGCUUAUUCUCAGCAUCAGUGGUUUGUUAGUGUCGACUUAAAAAUGGUGAACUUUCUUCUUGGACAGCAAAGUGGGUAUACCAAAUAUCCGUGUCGUCUAUGUUUGUGGGAUAGUCGUGCAAAGGAUAAACACUGGAAACAAACUGUCUGGCCUAUAAGAGAUGAUAUAACUGUGGGAAAAGCCGACAUCAUUCAUGAGCCAUUAAUAGAGAGAGAAAAAAAUCAUACUGCCGCCAUUACAUAUCAAACUAGGCGUAAUGAAACAGUUUGUUAAAGCCUUGGAUAGGUCAAGCGACUGCUUCAAGUACAUUUGUCGAAAAUUUCCAGGACUUAGUAUAGAAAAAUUAAAAGCAGGGAUUUUCGAUGGCCCACAAAUUCGAAAAUUGGUCAAGGAUCAAAAUUUCACAACUUGUAUGACUGUAAUCGAAUCCGAUGCGUGGCUUAGUUAUGUAGCAGUCAUCAAAAACUUUUUAGGAGAUUAUAGUGAGGAGCAAGGUGAACGGUUCCACCAAGAUAUCCGAGUGAUGGAAGAAAGAUACCAAAGAAGAUGGAACCGUCACAUGAUGGCUGACUACUGUUGGAGCUUGCAAAGGGACUGUCCACAGCAAAAACAUAGAAGAAAAUCUUACAAGAAACGGUUUUCGUAGCUUAUUACACUGAAUGUUGUAGGUGUAUAGUAUAUUCUGUAUUUUGUACUAACAUAUUGUAAAUGUAUAUCAAUAAAUAAUGAAUAAAAAUUA